UUGCAAGUAUUUCCUCCUUAUGACUUCCCCUGAAAUUGCUUCCUUAUCAUGGGGGCAAAUGAAAGUACAAGGCUCUAAUACAACCUAUAAGGACUGCAAAGUAUGGCCAGGGGGUAGUCGGACUUGGGAUUGGAGAGAAACAGGAACUGAGCAUUCUCCUGGAGUGCAGCCUGCAGAUGUGAAGGAAGUUGUUGAGAAAGGUAUACAGACUCUUGUGAUUGGCCGAGGGAUGAGUGAGGCCUUGAAGUUUCCUUCAUCAACUGUGGAGUACCUCAAGAAACAUGGCAUUGAUGUGCAGGUCCUCCAGACAGAGCAGGCAGUGAAGGAGUAUAAUGCCUUGGUUGCCCAAGGGGUCAGGGUGGGAGGUGUCUUCCAUUCCACCUGCUGAUGAGGCCUUAAGAGGCGAAUAAAUCACUAA